GAAGAGGUCAUUUGGUUCAUAUUUGCUCGUGAGACAGAUAUUGGAUAUUGUAUACUGUGAUUUCAAACCGUCCAAUAGUGUAAAGCAACGGUAUCUGGCUCCUUUUCAAACAUUUAGUGUGGUCUUGAUUGACCAUUCCUCAUUAGAUAUAUGGAUUUCAAUCAUUUAAAUAUUGUUUUUAUUUUGGUGAACUUCAUAGUCAUUGUUUUUGGAGCGUUCCGCAAUGAACAUUACAACCAGGCUUCUUUUCGCACAAAAAGAGAAAUUCAUGCCCAGGAAUUAGCUCGAAUACUGAAUGAAGUACCAACAGGACGACAUGAUGAUGUUGCACUCAAACUUUUUCAAAACAUCAUUAAUAUUCUUCAGGAAUCGCGUAAAACACUACAUGGUGUCGACAUUCAUUCAGAAACUAAAAAUGAUACAAUAGGACAAGCUUUUGCACUAACUUUUGAAAAUACAGCUAUACUAUGUGAUUUAGUUUUACGUUUUCCUGAUGUUUAUCAUUCACAUUUUGAUGAAAAUAAUGAUAUAUCUAUAUUAUUAAAAUGGUCAAUUAAUUUAUUACGUGAAUCACAAUUAAUGAGUAAAUUAGAUGAGAAUACUUUACAUUUAACUGAACAAGAAUUAAAUUUUAUACCAAGAGAUUCAAAUUAUGUCAAUGAGUUUAGUUCAUAUCAGAAAAUGAUAAAAGAGAAAUUGAGAGCAGAAUCAACGCGUAAAGCAAAGAAGUCAACUCGUAGACGUGUCAAGAAACCUCGUCUUACACCGAUUCGAAGUGAACUGUAAUAGUUUAUUCCUAGAUGUACGCACAUAUAUAUGUAUAUAUGAUAGUGUUUGUUUUUAAUACCCCCCUCCCUUUCUCUUUCAUAAUUCAUUAUUGUUGACAAUGGCUGUUGGUCUUAUUGAGAAAAUUUAUAAUUAUUAUUAUUGUUAUCUGUAACUGCUUGUGCAUAGUUUGCUUGUGAUUAUUCGCAUUUUUUUAACUCUUGCUCUUUUUUAUUCUGGAUUUCACUAUGACUUGUAAGUAAAAUUUGAUUUUACACAUUUAACCUUGAUGAAUUGAUACAAAAUCUUGUCAGUUUGUUCAAUCUCUUUUUAUCUUAUUGUUUUAUUUUCUUAAUACAUCCUCAUCUAUUUAUUUAAGAAAUAAAGUUCCGGAUUGUACUUAAAUGUUUUCUUUUUUCUUGCAAAUAAAGUGAAAAUAUUUC